AUGGAAUUUCAACUCCAGCAUGACUCGUUAACCGAUAAUGAAAACUACAAUUUGGAAAGUAACUUCGUUCACUUCGAUAAAGAAAAGACUAAAUAUCAAGGACAACAGCAGUCAGUUGGAUAUUCUUAUUUAGUGGAUGAUUUACGCGGUGACGAAGUUAUGAAUCCUGAAUUCAUAAUGAAAAUGCAGUCAACUAUGCUGAAUCAACCAUCUUUAUUGUGGCUUGAUCACUCUUUGAACACAGAUAUUCUACCUCUUUCUGGUAUUAGUGGAUUAUCAUCUGACAGUAUCCCGCUAGCAUCGAAUAUCGAUUCAACAAAUGAUGAUUCUACAUGGAGUACAUGGUUAAAAACGUGUUCAUCUCAGUCACCAGCGACUGAUAGGAAAGCGAAUAAAUUUACUAUAAGAUUAUCAGAUGUUGAUUUCUCUGUACAUCAUCAAGAGCCAGAUUAUGCUCAUCACAGAAAUUAUUCUCAUCAUCACCACCACCAUUAUCAUCAUCUACAUAAUCGCAAUCCACAUCAGAAUAUAGAGAAACAAAAUAGUUCAGUAAAUGAAGAACUGAUGAGAGAAGAAACUGAAGAAGAAGAACAACAAGAACCCUUCAGUGAUGCAGUAAUCUCUGAAGUCAAAGAAAAGAUUGAUUCACUGCAAAUUGAUCAUGAAAAUCUACCACAUUUCCGUGAUAAGUAUCCACAUCAUCAUCACCAUUAUCACCAUCAUCUUUAUCAUCAUCACCAUCAUCAUCAUCACCACCACCAUCAUUUCCAUGGAAGUCAACAGUUCUCAACAAAUCAAAAAUCUCCUUCAAAUGAAGCUAUGAACUCUGCAGAAGAAUGUAAGAAGUGUCAAGUACUGAACCCCAAUCAACAGUAUUCAUUAGAGGAUGAUAACAAUUCAGGCCAUGAUGAUGAAGAUGAUAAUAAUAAUAAUAAUAAUAAUAAUAAUGAUAAAAAUGAUAAUAAGAGUUUUUUAAAAACAGUAGAUCAUUUAGAACAGAUGUUUAAUUUAGAAUUCACUGACAUCUGGUAUGCCUCACAUAAUCGUGUGAUUCAAUGGUUGAACGAGAUUCAAAACACUGUACAAAAUUUGGAAGACUAG